AUGAAUAAUAGUUUACAUCAGAGCUUCCAAAAUACCUUAUCUCCUGAUCUAGAGAUAAGGAGGAAGGCAGAAUAUGAACUUAAGGAGUUGAGUGGAGUACCGGGGUUCUUAAUUGGGUGUUUGAGUUUAAUUGAAGAGCCAAAUAUCCAUAAUACCGUUAAAAUAGCUAGUGCAGUUUAUUUUAAGAAUCAAAUCGUAAGUAAUUGGAAUAAGAAGGACAACAAUGUAAUUGAAAAUGAAGAAAGAGAAUAUAUCAAGAGAAAUAUAAUCCAAGUAAUGAAUGUCAAUGAAUAUCAUAUAAAACAACAAUUUGUUCCAGUUAUUAGAUCAUUAGUCACAUAUGAAUUCCCUAAUGAUUGGGAACAAUUAUUAACCAACAUCGAUGCAUUAUUAAAAGUUCCUGGGAAUAUGGAUAUAAGUGAUAAGGAAUUGAAUGAUAUCUACACUGGUUUGUUGAUAUUAAAAGAGAUCUUCAAGAAGUAUCAAUGGUUUAAAAAUGAAGAACGAGAAAUCUUAAAUUCAAUGUUUGAGAUGAUUUCCAAUUAUUUGAUCAAUAUUAGUGAAAUUUUAAUUAAUAAUAGUGAAAACCUAACAGAAUUCUCUUCAGAGAUAUUGAAAUUGAUCUUAAAGAUCUUCAAAUUCCUAGUUUAUUUUGAUUUACCGGUAUUUUUGCAGAAAAGUGAAAAUAUUGAAAACUGGGGUUUGAUUCAUUACAAAAUAAUAAAUAUGAAAUUACCAAACUACAUAAGUGAUUUUAAUAGUGAAAAGGAUAAGAAUUUCCUUCAAAUAUCUAAAGUUUUGAAAUGGGCAUAUUAUAAUAUCAAUCGAUUAUUUAAAAGAUAUAUUAUUAACAAAAAUUACAAGAAGUUAACUCAAGGGGAUGAUUUCAGGAAAAUGUUUGGUGAUAAUUUCUUACCUCAUGUUAUACAAAAUUUAAUCAAAAUCAUUGAAAUGUAUUGUUUAAAGAUGAAAUGGUUAAAUUAUUCAUCAUUGUAUUAUUUGAUUGAAAUCUUACAAAAUUCUGUAUCGAUUAAAAGAUAUUGGAAUGGUUUGAAACCUUAUUUACCAGAAAUUUUAUCGAACUUCAUUUAUCCUAUGUUAAUUUCAAAUGACGAAAGAUUAGAAAUUUUCGAAAAUGACCCACAAGAAUAUAUCCAAUUGAAUUUCAAUUAUUUCAAUGAUGAUUGUAAUAAUCCAGAUGCUGCAGCAAGUAAUUUAUUGAAGAUUUUGAUAGAAAAACGUAAAACCGACUGUUUAGACAUAAUAGUUGGGUUUGUAUUUACUAAAUUUAAUGAACUACAUGAACAAGAUUCAAACGAUAUUAUAGUAGCUCAACAAAAGGAAGGAAUUUUAAGAAUGAUAAAUUCAAUUAUUUAUCAAUUGAUUCAACUUAAUGAUGAAAACUUAUCACAAAAUCUUACAGACUUCUUGAUCAACAAGAUUUUACCUAAUUUGAAUAGUAAGCAUGAAUUCUUGAUUGCCAGAACAUAUGAAGUUAUUUCCAAAUUCAGUGAUUUGAAUUUUGAAAAUGAAGAUCACUUAAACGUAAUCAUUUUCAAUGUAUUGAAGAAUUUCCAAAGUAAUCAAGAUAUUAAUUUGGUAGUUUUACUUGAAAAUUCAUUGGCUAUUCAAAGUUAUUUGCAUUUAAACGAAUUUAAACAACAUUUAAGUACGAUGAUUUUACCUGUGAUGUCGAAAUUAUUAGAGAUCAAUAAUAAAAUAGAUAAUGAUACCAUUUCAGUGGUUAUGCAAGAAUGUGUUGAAAAUUUUGGUCAACAAUUACAACCAUUUGGAAUUGAAUUGAUUUAUAAAUUAGUAGAGAAUUUCAUGGAAAUUUCCAAUGAAAUCGCUGAGUUGACAGAAUCAUCUUCCAAUAAUAAUGAUGAAAUCAAUGAUAAGAUAAUCAUUGGUAUUGGUAAUUUAAAUACUAUCAUAACAGUAUUAUUAACUUUCGAAAAUAAUGAUUCAAUGAUCAAAAAGCUUACUGAAAUACUUAAUCCUAUAAUUGAAAAUAUCUUGGUCAAGAAGGAUAGCAAUUUCUUCACUGAAAUGAGUGAAAUCUUAGAGAAUUUGAUUUAUUUAAAUAAGUCAAGUAACAGUUUUUUAAGAUUCUUACAAUUGAUUUUAGAUAUUUUCGAAAUCGAUAAUGGGAUAAAUUAUUUUGAAGAUUUCUUGCCUGUUUUGAAGAACUUUUUGAUUUAUUCUAACAAUUUACCUUCUGAUUCAUUUGAUAUUUUCUCCAACAUUUUCUUGAAAAUAUUCAAACUUGUGAUUGAUAACAAUAAUGUUGGAACAGGAGAAUUCAAUUUGAAUCAAAAUGAUUUGAUCUUUGACUUUGAAUUAAUUCAAUAUUUCAUUCUUAAUUUCAAAUUAAAAUCCAUGGAAUAUUUUAAAGUCAUUUUGAAUGAUUUGAUCUUACCCAUUUUUGAGAAUUUCGAAAGUUAUAAUUCAAGUUACAAAAUUAAUUUAAUCAAUGUUUUAGUUUGUAUCUUGAUUUAUGACGCCAAUUUAAUUGCAUUGUAUGAAUUCUUCCCCUUCUUUAUUGAAAACUGGAUUAAAUUCAUACCAAAAUUAACCAGAGUUUAUGAUAUAAAAUUAUCAAUUCUAGGUUUAAUUUCUUUGAUCAAUAAUGUAAACAAUUUCACCAUCAUAAAUUUUAAUAAGAAUUUCAAUCUUAAUAAUAAUUUAUUAUUUUUGAUUAAAAAGUUGCCUACUUCAGUAACCGAACUAAAUAAGAAACGUCAACUUUUCAAUUCUUUUGAGAUUAAUUCCAAGAAUGAAAUGUUUGAUAACACUGAAAACGAAGAUGAUGAUGAUGACGAAGAUGAAGAAGAUGAUGAAUUUGAAAAUGAUCAAACUGAAUAUUUGAAAUUCUUAACUGAAGAGAAUUUCAAAUUAACAAAUUUUGAUGACGAUUUAGUUGAAGACCCAUUAGAAGUAACUCCUUUAGAUAAUAUUAAUUUGAAAGAGAUUUUACAUAACUUUGUCAAUUUAUUACAGAUAAAGAAUUUAGAAAAGUUCCGUUUGCUCUUUGGUGAAAUACCCUUUGACGAAUUGAACAAUUGCAUUAACUUAAUAUAA